AGCCUUGCCGAAGGGAGCUGGACCCCCCACCCCGGGGGAAAUUCGAAGCUUGGGCAGUCAGCGGAGAGCCCUGCACCCGCAGCCUGCUACCUACUCUGCCUUCAGAUCUCGGCGCCCGCGGCCACCUCCCACUCAGGUCUCUGUUCUCACCCAGCCAUCCGAACCAGCGACCCCACUGGGUCUGCAUCCCAUCACCCUAACUGAAGGCUCAACAGGGGGGCGUGUAUUUCAGCCUCUUCUGUGGCCUGUGUUUCUCGUCCCAUCUCUGGAAUGUCCACUCCGUGGGGCGAUGUGUUACGCGCGUGGUGCCGGGGUACCGGCGUCUAGAGCCGGGACACCUGCCAGACGCGACAGACCAUCCUGUUUGCUUUAAAGGGACUGAGCGCGGUUCGGAGCGCUGGACCGGGGAGAACUAGAGAGCCAGCCUGCCCGCCGGCCUUCCUGCCUGGGGCGGGGCUUGUUCUGGACACGCCCCUCCCAGGCCCGCCCCCUCCCAGGAGCCGCCCCCCCUAGAUUCCCCGACUCUCUCUGCAGCUGUCUGGAAAACCCGGAGUGGCGGAUCCCAGAGAGGGCGGAGCGGCGCCGCCCCUCGCGGCACCUCCCUGGCAGCCCUGGGCGCCGCGCCGGGCAUGCUCAGUACGCAGGGCCGCUCGGAGCUCUCGGAGGAGGAAGCUCGCGCGCUCCCGCUCUCAGGAGCCGCGGCCCGGGGCAGAGGGGGCCGCAAAUAAUGGAGCCUUUCACCAAUGAUCGGCUUCAGCUCCCCAGGAAUAUGAUUGAAAACAGCAUGUUUGAGGAAGAACCAGAUGUGGUGGAUUUAGCCAAAGAGCCCUGUUUACAUCCUCUGGAGCCUGAUGAGGUGGAAUACGAGCCCCGGGGUUCACGACUGCUGGUUCGGGGUCUUGGCGAGCAUGAGCUGGAUGAGGAUGAAGAGGACUAUGAGUCGUCUGCAAAGCUGCUGGGCAUGUCCUUCAUGAACAGGAGCUCGGGCCUCCGAAACAGCGCGGCCGGCUACCGGCAGAACGCGGAUGGGCCUUGCUCCAUGCCCUCUGCCAGGACCAUGGCGGUCUGUGCUUUGAUCAUCCUAGUUGCUGUUUCUGUAAUCAUGGUGAUUUACCUCCUGCCCAGGUGUACCUUUACCAAAGAAGGCUGCCAUAAAAAAAACCGAUCCAUGGAACUGAUUCAGCCAAUCGCAACGAAUGGAAAGUUGUUUCCGUGGGCCCAAAUCAGGCUGCCCACUGCCAUCAUGCCAGUGCGCUAUGAACUGAACCUCCACCCAAACCUCACCUCGAUGACAUUCAGGGGUUCUGUGACGAUUUCGCUCCAGGCCCUUCAGGCCACGUGGAACAUCAUUCUUCACAGCACAGGCCACAACAUUUCCAGAGUGACCUUUAUGACUGCAGUUUCAAGCCAGGAAAAAGAAGUUGAAGUCCUGGAGUACCCACUGCAUGAACAAAUCGCCAUUGUUGCCCCCGAGGCCCUGCUUGAAGGCCACAACUAUACCUUGAAGAUCGAGUAUUCAGCAAACAUAUCUAGUUCUUACUAUGGGUUCUAUGGCAUCUCCUACACAGAUGAAAGUACUGAGAAAAAGUACUUUGCGGCAACUCAGUUUGAACCCUUGGCAGCAAGAUCUGCUUUUCCUUGUUUUGAUGAACCAGCAUUUAAAGCCACAUUUGUCAUCAGGAUCAAAAGAGAUGAGCAAUACACUGCUUUAUCAAAUAUGCCUAAGAAGUCAUCAGUCGUGAUGGAAGAUGGACUUGUUCAGGAUGAGUUUUAUGAGAGUGUGAAGAUGAGCACUUACCUGGUUGCCUUCAUUGUGGGGGAGAUGAAGAACCUGAGUCAGGAUGUAAAUGGAACCCUGGUUUCUAUAUAUGCUGUCCCAGAAAAGAUUGGUCAAGUUCACCAUGCCUUGGAAACGACUGUGAAGCUUCUUGACUUUUAUGAAAACUACUUUGAAAUUCAAUACCCACUAAAGAAAUUGGACUUGGUGGCUAUCCCUGACUUUGAAGCAGGAGCAAUGGAAAACUGGGGUUUGCUCACCUUCCGAGAAGAGACACUUCUGUAUGAUGAUAAUACUUCUUCAGUGGCAGAUAGAAAGCUGGUUACUAAAAUCAUCGCUCACGAGCUGGCCCAUCAGUGGUUUGGUAAUCUGGUAACAAUGCAGUGGUGGAAUGAUGUAUGGCUAAAUGAAGGUUUUGCUACAUUCAUGGAGUAUUUCUCUUUGGAAAAAAUAUUUGGAGAGCUCUCCAGUUAUGAAGAUUUCUUAGAUGCUCGAUUUAAAACCAUGAAAAGAGAUUCCUUGAAUUCAUCCCAUCCAAUAUCAUCAUCGUCUGUUCAGUCUUCAGAACAGAUUGAAGAAAUGUUUGAUUUUCUUUCCUAUUUUAAGGGAGCUUCCCUAUUGUUGAUGCUGAAAACUUACCUUAGUGAAGAUAUAUUUCAACAUGCCAUUAUUCUUUAUCUGCAUAAUCAUAGCUAUACAUCCAUUCACAGUGAUGACCUGUGGGAUAGUUUUAACGAGGUCACAAACAAAACACUAGAUGUAAAGAAAAUGAUGAAAACCUGGACCCUGCAGAAAGGAUUUCCUCUAGUGACUGUUCAGAGAAAAGGAAAGCAAAUUCUUGUACAACAGGAAAGAUUCUCUUUAAAUGUUAAGCCUGAAAUUCAGCCUUCAGAUGCAAGCUCUCUGUGGCAUAUUCCACUAUCCUACAUCACUGAUGGAAGAAAUUACUCCAAGCAUCGAUCAGUAUCACUACUGGACAAGAAAUCAGGUGUCAUCAAUCUCACAGAAGAAGUGCAGUGGAUCAAGGUCAAUACAAACAUGACUGGCUAUUACAUUGUCCAUUACGCAGACGACAACUGGGAAGCGCUGAUCAAACAGCUGAAAAUAAAUCCUUAUGUGCUGAGUGACAAAGAUCGAGCCAACCUCAUCAACAACAUCUUUGAACUUGCAGGUCUAGGCAAAGUGUCUCUUCAGAGAGCUUUUGACCUGAUUGAUUAUCUUAGAAAUGAGACCUACACUGCACCCAUCUCUGAAGCCCUGAUCCAGACAGAACUCAUCUAUAACCUCCUUGACAAACUCGGGCACAUGGAUCUGGCCUCAAGAUUGGUGAACAAGGUAUUUAAAUUGCUUCAAAGCCAGAUCCAACAGCAGACUUGGACUGACGAGGGCACUCCGUCUACUCGAGAGCUCCGGUCGGUCUUGCUGGACUUCGCUUGCACCCACAGCCUGGAGAACUGCAGCGCUGCUGCCUUGAAGCUCUUCAAUGACUGGGUGGCGUCCAAUGGCACUCAGAGCCUGCCUACGGAUGUCAUGACGACCGUGUUCAAGGUUGGAGCAAAAACUGAGAGCGGCUGGUCAUUCCUCUUAAGCAAAUACGUCUCUCUAGGCUCUGAAGCAGAGAAGAAUAAAAUACUCGAAGCUCUUGCCAGCUCAGAGAAUGUACGGAAGCUUUACUGGUUGAUGAAAAAGAGCCUCGAUGGAGAUCUCAUCCGAACACAGAAGCUGUCGUUCAUCAUUAGGACGGUGGCCCGGCGUUUUCCCGGACACUUGCUGGCCUGGGAUUUUGUCAAAGAGCACUGGAGUAAGCUUGUGCAGAAGUUCCAUCUGGGGUCCUAUACCAUACAAAGUAUCGUUGCUGGAUCAACUCACCAGUUUUCAACAAAGGCACAUUUAUCUGAGGUCCAGGCAUUCUUUGAAAAUCAGUCAGAGGCCACCUUUCGACUUCGCUGUGUCCAGGAGGCGUUGGAAGUCAUUCAGCUGAACAUGCAGUGGGUGGAGAAGAACGUUAAAACUCUGACAUAUUGGCUGUAGCGUGCACACCUGUACCUCAUCACCCUUCGGAGAGCUUGUUAACUGGGCCUCUGCUGCUUUUGCAAAAGCCAAGGUGAAACCAGGAUCGCUGCUGAGUUGUUUGCACUCUUAGGAGUUCUAGUUUGCUCAGGGCCAGUCUGUAUUUUUUCAUCUGUCUUUUCUGAAAUGUCUUUGGGCAGUGUGUAGUUAUUUAUUACCAAAUUAUAUUCACCUGUAUGCCAACCAUCUACAAAAACAAUGGGUAAUUUUUCUACUUUGAAGAUAUUCAAAUGGGGGAAAAAAAAAAUCUGUUUUGCAAUUCUGUUCUCAGUUUCUGGCUAAAUGUUGACACCGUGAAAUAAGGAAUGGGAGCCACCAUCUUUGCAGGCUGCGGGUUAGUUAGCCAUUUGUUGCUUCUUGUUGAUAGAUAUUUGAAUGUGGUUCCAAGUUAGCAUCAAAAAGUAUGGUAAUAAAGUCAUUGAAUCAUGCAGCUGUACAGAACUGACCUCAGGUGUGCGGAUCUACUUUGAUUGGGGGUUUUGAAUAAUCCUUUCUUUUAUGGAAAAAGUUUAUAACUAUUAUAUUUUUUUCUGAAGAAUAGUCAGGUGCUACAGAAUUUUUAAAUUUUUGUUGUAAAGCUAAAUAACAAGGCCAAAAGAUUAAAUUUUCCAAAUAUUUAACACCUUAUUUUUCAUCUUUCAGGAAAAUAUUUCAAACCGAGUUAGCGUUAAUAUUUUACUAAGGAAUUCCAGUGUUCCCCAAAUCUCUGUACACCUUUAUCACUCCCUGCCAUAGAUAUCCCUUAUGUUAUAAAUAAGUAUUUCUGCAUUUAUGGCAUUUUUUUUAAUACUGGUGUCUCUUAUCAUGACUUUCUUACUAAGAAUUACAGUUUACAGUUUGUUUAAGUUGCUUUUUGGCAUGGUAGAUCACAGACACUUUCUCUUAAUCAUACCCGUUGAGUGGUUUUUCAUUUUAUAUGAUAGAGUUGCAUAUUAGUAUAUUUUAAAAUAGGGCCUUUGAGAAAUUGAACAUUUUUAUUUGAAGUUCACCAUGGUACCUUAAAGGAAUAAAGAGAAUGUGGAUAGGAAUAACUUGAUUUAGGUUUAAUAUGGUGGGCUUUGAAUUUUUUCUACUGUCAGAAACAGUACUUUUCUUUAGUUGAAAAAUCAAAGUUUUCUUUUGUAAUGGCCAAACUAACAGAUUAUAGGGAAUGGCCAAGGAAGGAAAGAAAGUAUCCAAAACUACAUGGCAAUUUUACUCCUUCUAAAGGGGAAAUACUGUACUUGAAUUUUUUGAGCUAUGCAGACUUAUACCUAGAUUGUUGUGUUUCUUUGAUUCUUAGGAGAAAAGCUUUCUCCCUAGUAUUUAUUGUACUUUCUAUUUUGCUUGAAAACACCUACGUACAUAAAAAGGGUAUUUACCCAUUUUUCAGCACUUAAAACACUCCACUGAAUCAGACACGGGAAAGGUCACCUUUUUUUUAUUUAGCAGGUAUCAAGUGAGAAUAUAGGAAUUAUGUAUAAAAUUAUAUUUUAUUUUAUGAAAAUAUUUUUAUAUAGCAAAAUUGAAAAGACUGGCAAUAGAAACUAAAGAUAACCUUCCUUAGCCCUAGUAUGUUUUCUCCCAAUUUAGUGUUUUCUAAACAGCACUUAUCUCUGUAUUUUAGAGUAGAAAAUACUGUUAUCUGAGAAUCACAGAAUCAUCUGAAGAUGUUUUUUUGAAACUAGGGUGAUUGUAGGUCUUUAUUCCUCUUGUGCUUCAGUAAAUGAAUGAUAAUUUAGUCAAUAUUUGAAAGUGUGUUUUUAUAUUUUUAGAGUGGGGAAAAAUACUAAAAUUUUGGAGGAUUUUUUGUUGCUGGGUUUUUGUUUUUGUUUUAAACCAUGUUACUAAAGUCCACUUUGAUACAGAGUUUAAACUUUGCUACUUCUCAAAAUCAUUUAAGAUUCUUCCAUUUUGCCUGCCCAUCUUCACAUUGUUCCUGUAAUAUUUGUUAGCUCUGCAUAUGGCAAAUCUUGUCUUGAAUUAUAUCAUUCUUUCCUGGGAGUGUGUGUGUCAGGAGCCGGGUGGGGGUUGUUAUAAUUAAAACUUUAUCAAAACAUGGGCUAAAAAGGAGGUAACUCAAAAUCCAUUUCUAUCUUUGUACUCAAAAGCCAUUCAUUCCCUUAAUACCAGAUCCAUACCAAUUGUAUUUUUCAUUCAUAGGCCUCACCUCAGAUUUUCCUGUGAGAUUCCAUACUUUUUUAAUGUUAUGCUAUCCCAUCUAUACAGGGCUUCCAAAAACCAACUCUUAAGUCAGGAAUAUAAGGUUAAAUAAUGGGUAGGCCGUGUGGUAUGAUAAGUAUUGUUGGAGCUUUUGAAGUUUCCCCCCCAGAAUUUUACUUCACCACCGUAUUUCUGAGAACUCAAACAGAUAGAAGCACAGCAGUUCCUUGUUCUAUGAGCACACACCAUGACACAAUUCAGAACUGUCUGAAAAGUGUUAUAUUCAUUGCAGAGAGAGAGUCGACUUGAAUUAAUAAAAAGACACAUCAUACUACAUUAUUAGGAAAGACAACAUUGGAAAUCUGGAACUGUAGAAGAAAAGCUUAGGCUUUGGAGGUCUGAAAGGCUACGAAACUAGAACCCCAAGGAGUUCAGUUUGUUGAUGUCUAGUUGCUUGCUGACACCAGCUGAUUAGAUACAGUAAGCUGAAGUAGAGUCAGCAGCCACCAUAAGCUUGUGCCUCGCUCCAUCUUUAAGCGAAACUGUGUUGUUUGCACUGUUUUGGUGUUCACGAGCUUUCUUACUGUCGCAAGUCCCACUUAACACUAAUGUUCUCCACCAUUCGUGUUUUCACGUGUACUUUAGCCACUGUGGGGACAGAGCUGUCAGAAGAGUUCUGAGUAUAGACUGAGCCACAUCAGUCUUCCUGGGUGCAGAACAGAAUCCUUUCUGAACACUGGAAAGGAAGAAAUGAAAGUUAAGUGCUGAGUUUGCUGGAUUACAGAGAGCCUGGUCCUGAGUUAGCUUCUGAGCAUCUAGUUGAUCUAAUGCACAUGGAACGAUAAUCUGUAGUCAGGUUGCUGAAUAUUUACAUAAUCCUUCUGUAUGUCAUGGGGGUGCAGGGAAGGUGUAUGCAUCUCAGGAGAUGUGCAGAAAGCAAUUUCUGGGCUGAGUUUGCAAAACAAGACCUGAAUUUCAUAGGUAUGAUGUAGUUCUUCUCCCCUUUGCCUUU